AUGGAAGAGCCUGAUGACGAUUUUGCAAAAGCAAUUGGUACCAAAAUUCUCGUAUAUGAAAUUGACGGACAUGGAAGGUUGAUAGAACCCCCGAGUAGGGCUUCUGCUUGGAGAUAUGGCUUCAACACCCCUCACAAUUACAAUGACCAUGAGCUGUUCUGUGGAGGAUUCACCAGACAAUGGGUGAAAAACGAAGGAAAAUGCGGUGUUUGUGGGGAUCCCUGGGAUUCCAAGUCUCCCAGAGCCCAUGAUUACGGCGGCACGUACGGCCAGGGCGUCGUGGUGCGCAAAUACGCCGUCGGCAGCGUCAUUUCGAUCAGAGUGGAGUUGACUGCCAGCCACUACGGCUACUUCGAAUUCUCCGUUUGCCCGAAUUACAAGAACCCCACGCAACAGUGCCUCGACGGCAACCUGCUGAGGUUGGCGAAACCCCAAGAGAACGUCGACCAUCGCGGAGUGAGGUACUUUCCGAAGGACGGCAGCAAAGUGUACGAGAUGAAGUAUCGCUUGCCGAAUAAGAGCUGCGAUCACUGUCUGAUGCAGUGGAGGUAUAUUGCCGGUAACAAUUGGGGCAACUGUCCGAACGGUACAGGAGCUGUGGGCUGCGGUCCUCAGGAGGAGUUCCGCGCAUGCGCAGACAUCGCCAUUUCGGGCAAAUCCGACCUGCCGAUGGUGCCCGAGCUGGAGGAAGCGCCUGCUUCCAGUACGACGACGGUGGCGCCUCCUGCCGUCCCGACGCCGCAGGAUUCCUACAGCCCCAUAUCUACCUUCCUUGUCACUCUGGUGUCUUUUUUAGUGGUAUUUUCGAUAUUUUUCCUUAUCUACUGUCACUUCUACCAGGUUGGUAGCCAAGUGAAGAGGUGGAUAGAGGGGCCCAGCAAGGAAAAAGAAAAGGUGGCGGCUGGCCCACCGCAGCCCCCACCUAGAGCCAAAAGGGCCAAGAGCCCAUCGAGGAAGCAGGAUGUUGGGGACGACAUGCACGAAGUCGAUUUGAGGACUGAUAGUAUAGCAUGAACCAACACCGGUUCUUUUCUUUGCAUGUGGGCAUGUUAUUUAAUGUUCAGCUAGCGUUGAGACAGAUCUUGUCUGAAUUCAAAACUUGAUGUUUUUACCCAAAUCACCUAGACGAAAUGUGUCUCUUGUCUGAGUUACAGGGUGUUUUAUUUGGACUUUUGAAAAUAAUUUUCGCCCAGUACUUAAUUCAACGUAUUACAUAUUGUCAUAUUUGGUAGGGAGUGUGAGUCCUAUACAUCCUAUUAAUUAUCUUGAAUUAACGUUUCUGGCUAUUACCAGAGGCGUACGACAGGGGCAAGUGACUGGUUGAUCCCUCACAAAUAAUUGUGCAGCUUCAUGUUUGACUUUAUCGCUAUGAGGAAAGAGUACAAUAUCUACCUGAAAAUUGUUGGAGAAUCGGAAAACUAUGUUAUAAUUGUAAUUUCGCCAGUGGCGUAGAAUUUGGGAGGGUACAACCAGUAACUUUUGCCCCUGUCGUACGCCUCACUGGUAAUAGCCAGAAACGUUCAUUCAACAUAAUUUUAGUAGGGUGUAUAGUACUUACACUCCGCACCAAAUAUGACAAUAAUACGUCGAAUAGUUUUCAAGUACUGGGCACGAAUGAUUUUUAAAUUUCCAAAUGAAACGCCCUGUAACUCAGAUAGGACACAUUUUAUCUAGGUGAUUUGGGUUGAAUCGUCAUAUUUUGAGUUCAGGAUUCUAUAAUUGAAAUAUUUCCAAUUAGUAAAGAAUCACCCUGUAUAUUUUGGUGUUAAAAAAAUGAUACAUGAAAGAAUCCGCCCGGGUUCUUUCUUCAUGCAUUACAGCAUGUUUACAAGGUUUAGAUCUAUGUUUUAGGUGUACUUGGACAUGCGCAAAUGGUAUGCAAUUUUUUCCGUAGCAUAUAUAUAGCACAAUCAUGUAUACUUCUUAAAGGCAGCCUUUUUGAAAAGGAGGAAAAAUGAUUUUUUUUUAAUGCAACUACACCUGACAUUUUGGGCUCACGAAAACGGUAUGCCUUUGUUGGUAUUUUCAACGCAUAUCAUUUAUGUUUCACUUUGGAACAAAGACAGCUUGAGUGAAAUCGAAAUCGGUUAAUUUGCGAACAAAUAUUGUUAAUUAACUAUUAAUGCAUGAAAACUCGGGAGGAUUCUUCAACAUCAAAAUAUGUACAUAUAAUGAUACCCUCCAAAAGGAAUACUGGUUGAAAUCACGUAUCUCUAUGAGAGCUUAUCCAGAUUCUUAUGCUUCCAUUAUUUCGAUAUUUAUUUUAGCGUUAAAAGCCAAGUGUAAAAUUUGACUUGGUAUACAUGUAUGUGUGUUCUAUCAGUAGAUAUCUUGAGUAAUUUUUUUCAACAAAAUUAGAAACAGAUACAAACCCAAACACUGAUUAUUCAAGAAUGUGGAUUUAUUAUUGAAGACCAAUUCCAUGAUAGGAGUUUCUGUUUUUAGAAAAGUGUAACAUCCUUUUAUUGGAGGUUGGUUGUUUGUAAUUUCAAUUCUGAUUACCACACACAGCUGCAGUAUAUUUCAGACUGGAUACCUCAGUCAGAGAUAAGGGUAUUGCAGAUUGAUUGGGAUGUAAGAACAAAGUUUUCAGCGAUUUCCGCCAAAGGAUAACAAUUGGUGAAGCAAAAUCGAAAAAUAUUUUUAC